GGCUCCCGCUGGGCGCUCUCCUUCGACAUGUCCUCCCUGUCCAGCAGCCAGGAGGUGAACCUGGCUCAGCUCCGUGUCCGCCUGCCCGGCCUCUCCCGUGCCCACAACGUGUCCCUGGACAUCUACCACAGCCAGCGGCGCAGGUGCCGGGGAGAGGGGACCUGCACCCACCAGCUCUUCCUGGGCACCGUGGCUGACAGCCCCUCUGCCACCCAGGCCUCCUGGAAGGUCUUUGAGGUCACCAACCUGCUGCGGUCCUGGCUGCACCAAGCCGCGGUCUCUGGGCACCGCAGACCCACGGGAAGGGAGCAGUGGGAGCUGAGCGGGUCUGCUGCCCCGGCCAGCGCUGCCCUGACAGACACCGGCCACGGGGACCCGGCGCUGCCCCAGGACGUGGCAGACAGAGUCCUGCUGCUCGUCUUUUCCAAAGACAAGUCUCCGGGAGACCACAGCCUCAUCAGGACCGCGGAGACCUCCAAGUACAUCAUGCGUGACGGGGGGGCGCGGGUCGCGGGGCAGCGCCGGCAGCGCAGGAACAGGAUGGAGAGGCAAAGGAUCAAAGCGAGCGACGCUGCCGCGGCCGUCCCGCGGGACCACGGCAGGGCCCUGUGCAGGAGGGUGGACAUGAUGGUGGAUUUUGAGCAGACGGGCUGGGGAAGCUGGAUCGUUUACCCCAAGAAGUACAACGCCUACCGCUGUGAAGGGCUAUGCCCCUCACCCGUGGACGAGACCUUCAAGCCCACCAACCACGCCUACAUACAGAGUUUGCUGCAGCUCUACAAGCCCAACCAGGUGCCGUGUCCCGCCUGCUCCCCAGUCAAGAUGAGCCCCCUCUCCAUGCUCUACUACGAGAAGGGUGAAAUCGUUGUCCGCCACCACGAGGACAUGAUCAUCGAGGAGUGUGGCUGCAACUGAGGCCACCCUGCUCCCUGCCAGGAAGGUGCACAUCUGUGCCCAGAAGUGCCCCGAGGAACAGCCACCCGAGCCAGGAGCACUGCACAGAGCAGGGUGUCUCUGAAGGCCGCGCUCCUGGGGGCUGGCACAGCCCUGGCCGGAGCUGGGGAGGAUCGGGUGCCCGGCAGUUCUGCAGCGCUGCACGGCCACAGUGCCUGGCUGGAUCCGGGCUCCACGUGGAAAAGGCCACCAGGCACCUCCCUGUGAGAGGAGCAGCUCUGGAGCUGUGGGUGCCUCGUGCUGUGUUUACAGGAGCUGGCAGCUGUCUGGGACAGAGGCAGAGCUGAGGGGCAGGACUGGGGCACAGCAGCGUUGUUCCCUGCCAUGACAUGGCUCAGGCAAUGCUGCUUCUCCCAGACAUGAGAAUCACCAGGAACCACAGGUUGUCAGGACCCUGCAGCUCCAGUGUCUGGCCAUGCUGAGCAUCCACACCACUGGGAUUUUCCAUCUCCCCUAGGGUUUAGGCAUUUCUCCUAAGACUUCUAUUAUAUGUCUAUUAAAACGAUCAGAUUUCUAUUGCAACUCAGACAAGUUAAUGUAUUGCCCAGCGUCCAGAGCCCCAGCUGGCAGAUCCAGGUGGGCAGCUGUUACAAACAAGUAACCACAGCUCUGCUCAAGCCUUUUCCCCCUCGCUGGAUG